GAAAAAAAAAAAAAAAGGGAUGGCGUUAAGGCAGAGAAGCUUUAAAUGUGAGUUGGUUGAUAGCAGUUUCUUCUUACGGACUAAGCAAUAAGCAUUGUUGCCAUUGCGCGUCUUUCAUUAACAUUUAUUUUCUUCUUAUGUUAUUAUUUAUUUUUAUUAUUAUAUUUAUAUUUAUAAAUAAAUUUGGACUUCUAUUUGUUCCUUAAACCCAAUUCUCAGAAAUCAAACACCACCGCACAAAAAAGAAAGAAACUUUUUUGCUUCUUUCUUCUUCUUCUUCUUCCCCUUUCGUUUGUUUCUACAGAGAUGGAGUUUGUGCCAAAUCCGUGUCCUCUGAGGUCCUCUCUGUUCGGUUCCUUCGGGGAUCUCGUCGAGAGGAUCAAGCAAAUUGGAACCCUCGCUGUUUCUGCCGUCAUUGGCAACAUCUUCUCUGCGAUCUUGACCUUCUGCUUCGCAUUAGUUGGGACUUUGUUGGGGGCUAUGACUGGAGCUUUGAUAGGACAAGAGACUGAGAGUGGCUUCAUUAGAGGUGCUGCUGUUGGUGCCAUCUCAGGAGCUGUUUUCUCCAUUGAAGUCUUUGAAUCCUCUCUUGUUCUUUGGCAAUCUGAUGAGUCUGGAAUUGGGUGUCUCUUGUACCUGAUUGAUGUUAUUGCUAGCUUAGUGAGUGGGAGACUUGUUCGUGAGAGGAUAGGUCCAGCAAUGUUGAGUGCAGUUCAGAGUCAGAUGGGUGCUGUUGAAACCGGUUUUGAUGAAGUUCAAAACAUCUUUGACACUGGUGGUUCAAAAGGCUUAUCUGGAGAUUUGGUCGAAAAAAUCCCAAUAAUCAAAAUUACUAGUGACAACAAUGUUGAUGCUUCUGGUGAAAGAGUGUCUUGUUCAGUUUGCCUCCAGGACUUUCAGCUGGGAGAGUCAGUUAGAAGCUUGCCCCAUUGUCAUCACAUGUUUCACCUACCCUGCAUAGACAAGUGGCUGUUUAGACAUGGUUCUUGUCCAUUAUGCAGAAGGGAUCUGUAAUUUUUGUAUAUGUCACAUACCGUAAAAAAGGGUUUAAGGAGUUUCCCUUUGUUUGUAUUCAAUAUAUCCAUAUGAGGAAAUGGUGCAAAGUGGUGGUUGGUUCCUUGGCCCCAUAAUGAAUGAAAAUUGUUAGUACAGUCAAAUUGAGUUACAAUGAUGAUCAAUGGAUAUGCAUAUAAUAAUUAAUUAAUGACCCAUCAUUUGCUUGUAAACAUUUUUGUUUUUAUGUGGAGAACAAUUUAGUUUUGCUGAUUCUGAUUAUAUACACCCUAUUGAACUUUUUUUUUU